AUGGUGGUAAAUGGUGCAGUCGAAAAUGCUUUAGCAACGAUUGGUGCAGUUCUUUGGUGUGUACAGAUUUUACCUCAAAUCUGGAAAUCAUGGAGAGCGAAGUCAACAACUGGUCUAUCACCUUGGUUGAUGUUUACAUGGAUGAUUUCACUAUGGGUUUUGGGCAUCUAUAAUAUUACACAGGAACUAUCAAUACCUCUUCAUAUUCAACCUGAACUAUGUGGUUUUGCACCUCCUCCUUUAGAUGCAUUUGCUGCAAGCUCCUAUCUUAUAGUUGUCGGCAUGGAAUUGUUGAUUCUUCUCUUGGCAGCUAUUUUAAAUCCGAUUGCAUAUUACCGUCGUCGUGAUGAGAAGGUUACCGAAGUUAUUGAAGAGAUUGAAACUAUCGAUAAAAUAGUAUCUUCUAAAGACUACGUCGCUAAUGCUGAAGCAAAUAUAAACAGACCCACUGAUCUUGAUGAUGCAUUUGCGGAGUGGUUUUAA